AUGGGUAAGGAAAUGUAUAGAAAAUAUCCUAAUGAAAGAUUAGUUGGAUAUUACAGAUGUAAUACACCGGUGCUUAUAAUUCGAGAUCCAGAUUUAGUGAAGCAUAUACUAGUGAAUGAUUUUGUAAGUUUUUAUGGACGCGGUCUUGGAAGAGAUCAUGAAGAAAUGUUGAUGCUUAAUCUAUUUCAUUCGCAUGGUGAUUUGUGGCAACUAUUGAGGCAUGCUAUCUCUCCAACAUUCACAUCUGCUAAACUACGAGCUAUGUUCCCUUUAAUCCAAAAAUGUACGAUAAGACUUCAGGCUGUAGCCCAAGAACUAUCUGAAGGUACAAAAGAAAUAUCUGCGCAUGAGUUAAUGGCGCGAUAUACAAUAGAAUUCAUAGGUUCUUGUGGAUUCGGGAUUGAUAUGAACACGUUGAAUACAGAUAAAUCACUUUUUGUAGAACUGGGAAAUAUUAUAUUCACUAAAACGAAAUGGCAAAUAUUUUUCUUAGCGUUACGAGAAUUUUUAUCGAAGAACAGUUUUAUCAAAAAUAUUUCAGUCGCAAGAAAUGAAAUUAUCACAACGAUAAUGGAUUUAAUGAAUAACAUUCGUAAAGUAAGAAACGAGAAACAAAUACAAAGAAAUGAUUUUGUUGAUAUACUUUUAAAAUUAGAGAAGGAAAAAGUUGUAGAAGCUGAAUCGAUAUUAAAAAAAGACGAAAAUGGUGUACCCGUUAAAAUAAAGCUAAACUAUACUGAAACGCAUACUGCUGCACAAUUGUUCAUAUUUUUCGCUGGAGGUUUUGAGACAUCUGCAACAACAUUGAGUUGGGCAUUGCAUCAACUCGCAUAUCACCAAGAUGUACAACGUAAGGCUCAAGAGGAGAUUGAUAAAACUCUACAGAAAUACAAUGGAAUUUGCUACGACGCUGUAACAGAACUUUCAUAUUUAAACAUGAUUAUUAAGGAGGCAAUAAGAACGUUUACACCAGCUGGAUAUAUAUCACGUGAAUGUAUGAAAAAAUGUGUCAUACCGGGAACUGACAUCACAAUAGACCCUGGCGUACUUAUCAACAUUCCUGUUCAAGCAAUACAUUUAGAUCCUCAACAUUUUGACAAUCCUGAUGAAUUUAGACCUGAAAGAUUUAUUCCAGAAGAAGAAAGUAAGCGUCACAAAUAUGCAUUUUUGCCUUUUGGAGGAGGUCCGAGAAAGUGCAUAGGUAGCCGCCUGGGCCUUAUAGAGACAGUGAGUGGUCUGGCAGCUAUAUUGCAACAUUUCACCGUAUAUCCGGGACCAUCAUCAAAACGCACUUUUAAAGUGAAACGCAAUGCUUUUAUAAUUCAAGCUGUAGAUGAAGAUAUACCGAUAUUACUUAAGCCAAGAAAAUCUCUUUAA